AUGGAAGCUUUGGAGAACUCAUUCGUGCAACUGCUUAUUGAUAGCGAUGAAGAAGCAGACAAUGAAGAUGUUUCAGGAGCUCCUGAUGGUUUGCUCGCUGAUGCCGUUGAAUCAAGUGAUGAUGAAGAUAGUGAAGGGAAGUCUGACGCCGACGAAUUGGUGAAACUCAUGAAUGAAGAAUCGAACCGUUGUGGGUCCACCAAGUAUUCGACUUGGUCUGUGCUCGAAGAGCAGGGAUUCUAUUCUACAACUUCUUAG